CAUGUGGUUCCUCCAACCAAUAAAAAGAUGCCACGUCAUAUUGAUGACAUACUAAUAAUCACCGGAAAAUCGAUGCACCAAAAGCCGCCUUCUUUUGACUGUGUUCAGCUCACCUGCAUAAACUGCAAGCGCAAUUAAGCAAACGACUUAAGGCAAUUUCAGCCACACGAAAUUUGCCGGCUAGAUUGUGUAAUUCAAAUAAAAAACCCUGGGUUUGGGGCAUAAAGGUUAACAGACACUCAGUAAUGACAAAUUGAUUGAUCGAUCGCCAAAUUUGAGCUCUGAUCCUUCGUCAAUGGCCGCCCCUUUCUUUACGACGCCUUUCCAGCCUUUUGUUUACCAGAAUCUCGCCAAUCUCAUUUAGGCUGCUGGGCAUUUUGGAAGUCAGAGCCCGCAGGACGCUGUAACAGCUUUUCAGAUAUUGGGCGGGGAAGCUCAAAUUGUACAGAUAAUGUUGAAGCCACAAGAAAAGGUCAUUUCAAAGCCUGAUAUCUUGCAGGAUCCAUGUGCUACAUGUCUGGGUCAAUACAAAUGGAAAAUGUCUAUAUGCCUGAAAAUGAAGCAGGUGUGUGGCAAUGGAUUCUUGGAAAAUGUGUUACUAGCAUGGUUCUCCAGAAUAAUGGUUCAACUGAUGGGUUCGUGGGAAUUGCUGCACCUACUCUUGCAAGAAUUAUCCCGAUUGAUUUAGCUCUUUUUGGUGGCGAAAUGUUGUGCCAGCCAGAUGCCUUUUUUUGCUCAAUAAAUGAUGUAAAAGUAAAAACUGUUGAUCCGAGGGCACAGAAUGUUAUUACUAGUGCUGAGGGAUUUUUGAGGCAGAAAAUAUCUGGUCAAGGACUAGCAUUUAUAGUUGGUGGCGGCUCUGUUGUACAGAAAAAUCUCGAGGUCGGUGAAGUUCUAGCAGUUGAUGUCUCUAGCAUCGUUGCAGUGUCAGCAUCAGUAAAUGUACAAAUCAAAUAUAAUGGUCCUAUGAGAAGGGUGCUCUUUGGGGGUGACAAUAUGGUUACUGCUCAUUUAACCGGGCCUGGUAUUGUCUUCAUCCAGAGCAUGCCCUUUCGUCGGCUUUCUCAGCGCAUUGCACGGGCUGCGACAUCUCCAAAUAUGAGGGACAAUCCCAAGUUUUUAUUCCAGAUAGCAAUCCUUUUCUUUAUAGCGUAUAUUGUUGUGUCAUCACUAAUCUUAACUGACAUAUGAAGUUGAAUACGUAUAGAUGAUAUUAAAAAGUCCAAAUUUUGGACUACUUGUGCUACUACUUUUGUUGUGAUCAAAACAGAACAGACGAGACUCCCAAUGGAUAUACUAUUAUUUUCAUCUCUUAAAGCAAAA